CUGGAUACAACUGUACCAUUUUGGUAUAUGGACAAACUGCAACUGGUAAAACUUACACUAUGGAGGGUAUAAUUUCCUCUAAAAUAAACGCAGUACAGAGACCAUUAAUUACAAAAUAUAUUGUGAUGCAGAUGUAAUACUUGAAGAGAGUAAUAUACCGCACACUUGAGAGCUAGUGUAUCCCCCUGUACCUACAGCACACAGCUCCUUAACCAAUGAAUUCCCUACUCUCUGGUCACUACUACAUGCAUGUGGAGGGCCGGCAGUACAUGAAAAUCUAAAUGUGAUAUAUAUACAAUAAAAACCCACGUCCUCCAAAAAGCAAAACAGUGGACCCAGAAACUUGCUACUGUACCCGAGGACCAUUCUUAAAUUCAGUGGCAUGCCUUCACACACUCUCUGCAAGGAGUCAAGUUUCAUUGCCAGAAUGGAAUUAUACCACGGUCGUUUAUCCAAAUAAUGGAAUGUAUACAUUCAGUCCCUUGUAGAAGCACUAUAAUGAUAUCUUUUUUUGAAAUAUACAAUGAAGAAAUAAUUGAUUUAAUUGGAGGAACGAAUUCAAAUUUAAAACUUCAGAUUUAUGAAAAUGCGAAAGAAGAAUAUAUCAUUAAAAAUCUUACAAAGAUUAAAGUACAAAAUUGUAAUCAACUUUUAAUGUACUUAAAAGAGGGAGCAAAUAAAAGGCAAAAGUUAUCAACAUUAUUAAAUAAAUUAUCAAGUCGAUCUCACACAAUUUUUUCUAUGUGGAUCAAAAGGAGGGACGAAUUGACUGGGCGAUGCACAAACGGAAAAAUAGAUUUCAUCGAUUUGGCCGGCUCCGAAAAUGUGGUUAAAUCAGGCAUUUCAAGAGGGAAUUUCCAAGAGACAAAAAAUAUAAACAAGUCUUUACUGGCAUUAGGAAGAGUGAUCAAGGGACUGAAUAAUAAUGAUAAACAUAUUCCUUUUAGAGAAUCAAAUUUAACAAGGAUUUUGAAGGGCUCAUUAAACGGCAACACAAAAACAAUUAUGAUUGCAACUGUUACAACAGAUCCCAAAAAUGCUGAUGAAACGGUCAAAACAUUAGAAUAUGCGUCAAAUGCUCAAUCGAUAAUUAAUAAAAUUUUUCCCAAUACUGAACCAGGAGAUAAGAGUAUAUUCAAGAUGAAUCUGAUAGAAGAUGAUAUAGUUAAGGCUGAAGAAGAAAUCAACGAAUUCAAAAUGAGUUUAGGUGCAGAUGCUAUCGAAUUGGAACCACUUUUAUAUAAUUAUGAUAUGAACCAGAAAGAACUAUUUAUGAUAGAAAUUGAGUGUGAAAAAAAAGAAGAAGAAUUGGUCUGCUCUUUGGAAAAAGAAAAUGAACAACUAAUGAGUGAAUUAGAAAAGCUGAGACAAGUUAAAUCCAACUUGGCUAAGGUUGAAGAAGAAAGUAAAAAAAAAAUGUCCUCAUUAAUAGAUUUUCUUGGUAAUGGUGAGAGAAUGUUAAAACAGAUUGGUCAUGAUGAAGAGCUUAUGUUUAGCAGCCUGGAAGUUGAAAUCAAUGAGCUGUUAAGGCUGUGUAAACGUCAAUUGAAUAUUGUCGAGGCUAGUGGUGAACAAAUUAAUUAUUGUGAAAAAUUGAAAGCUCGCAUUCCAGGAUUACUUUCACAACUUAAGGAGUCCCAAGAAAUGGUGGAAAAAUUACAAAUGAGCAGUUAUCAGCUUACAAAGUAUUUCCCUCUUGGAGGUGAAACAGGCAGUAGCAUAGUAUUCAAUGAUGCAGUUUUGGACGAAUUGACAUCUCAGACAAGGAGGAAACUACAAUCCAUCAGCGAUAAUGCUGAUAAAUUAUCAACUUCAUCGCUAACAAAUAUAACAUCACUUUCUGAAGUGGUGACUUCUUUUAAGGAAAAAGUGAUAGAAGAAGAACUGAUCAAUCCCCAUAUGAUUAAAAACAAUUUAGAUGAAUUAAACAAAUUUGUCGAACCUCACGAUGGCGCCUCCCUACCUAAUGGAAAGAUAUAAACAUGUAUAUUUUGUAAAAGCUCACAGCAGAAGAUACAAUGAAAACGAAUCAUGAGCAAUUUUCAUCAGUUUUAUUUUUAAUUUUUUGAAGCUGUGCUUAAUUGUAAUACUUAUUUGUUUGUUAUGAAUACUGUGAACAUGUCGGGGUUUUAAGAUUUAAACAAGGGUUCUUGUAUGAUAGCACAUUUUGAAAGUGAUCUGAAGACUGUAAUUGAAUUAUAUUUAAGUUUUUUUAUUUAUUCCAUUUAAAUUCUAAAUAUAAUAGUUCUACAGCAUUUAUUGUUUUGAUUUUAAUAACUAAUUUUUAAUUAUUUUUUUAUCUAAUCCAUUUUCAAUUCAGUUUACUUCUUAGAAAUUUCAUAAACCUUAUUUUCAUUUGUAUCUUAUUUUACGUUUAUUUGAUAGAUUAUGCAUGCUAAAAUCUGUGAAUAUGAAUGAAAUGUAUGUGAAAUAUUAUCUGAUGAAAGAAAAGAAACAAAUAACAAGAAAUUAUGCAAAUGUUUGAUGUAAUAAAAUUUUGUAGAACUGUGAAUUUUUUUUUGGGGGGGGGGAGUAGUUUCUGGCGACUAGAAGAGGAAAAACUGCAAGACUGCAAGACCUACUUUUUAACCUCAAAGAGGUGAACAAAAACUGCAACAAUGAUAAUACUAAAUCAUUGUUGCAGUUUUUGUUCACCUCGUUGAGGUUAAAAAUUGUUUCUUUCUAGUAUGGUUGGGGUUACAGUGAAUAUAAGAAAUUAUAAUCGGAUGUA